AUGCAAACUGCUAGGAACCCAUCCUCCCUUCUCACGCUCCUCCUGAUCCUGAUCGCCCUGGUCUUCUGUGCCACGCCCAGUGCGGCAGUUUCGUGGGCUGCCAGCGAGAACGACGACCACUUCUCUACUCCCCACCGCCGUCCCGGUUUCUUUCCUCGGUUGGCAUGGCUUCGGGAUACUGCGAUACAAUACUGGUGGCAUCGGGCGCCAGCGGCGACCAGGGCUGAGACCAGAAAGUCGACCCCGUCCCUGUCGCAUCCAUCCAACUCUCCCCUCCCAGCAGCCCUGCUGGCAAGAUACGGAGGAGAUGUGGUCCUCCGAUUCAAUCUGAGUACGGCAGCCGACGGGGGAGCUUUGGCAGAGGCGGCCGACACACUGCUCUUGGAUGUAUGGGAAUUCAAUAGCGACUGGGCGGAUAUUCGCCUGAGAGAAGACGAUAUCCCAUCACUACUUGGAUUACUUCCGGGCUCGUUGCACAAUGCAUACUCGAAUUUGAUGCCAAACCUAACAGAGAGCAUCUAUCAUACCUAUCCGUCCUUGGCUUUCGCAGAGCCCGCCGCUGCGGCUACAGAACGUUCAUUCACACCAAAGGCAAAGCUGUCGGGUAGUGGUGAUAAUAUCUUUUUUCAGAACUAUCAGCCAUACUCGGUCAUCGUCCCUUGGAUGGAGCUCAUGGCCUCGAUGUUCACAACCCAUGUGCGGAUGAUCAGUAUUGGGACAACCUACGAAGGCCGGGAGAUCCAGGCGCUCCGAAUUGGCGUGUCACCCAACCUGGGACAAAAAGGCGACGGUAAGCCAAGGCAAACGAUUAUCAUUUCCGGGGGCUUCCACGCUCGAGAAUGGGUAUCGGUGAGUACGGCGACUUACAUUGCAUGGUCACUCAUCACCUCAUAUGGGAAGUCUCCGGCAAUCACAAAGCUCCUGCAAGCGUUUGAUUUCGUUCUCAUUCCGACCGCGAACCCCGAUGGAUAUGUCUACACCUGGGAGACUGACCGUCUAUGGAGGAAGAACCGACAACAGACCAGUGGGCGCUUCUGUCGAGGGCUUGACCUGGAUCGUACCUUUGGGUUUCAAUGGAAUGGGGAUACCUACCAUAACAACCCGUGCUCAGAAAGUUAUUCCGGCGAUGAACCAUUUCAAGCCGUCGAAUCUCAUCGACUGGCACAGUGGGCCAAGAAUGAGACUGAAAGCAACGGGGUCAAAUUUGUCGGAUUUCUGGAUCUCCACUCGUACUCGCAGCAGGUCUUAUAUCCUUACUCAUACUCGUGUUCAGCCGAUCCGCCAAGCUUAGAGAACCUGGAGGAACUGGGCAUGGGGCUCGCCAAAGCCAUCAGAAUCUCGAGCGGUGCGCUGUACAGUGUUGCAUCCGCCUGCGAAGGGGCAUUCAUCUCCGGGAAGGGUAAAAGCCCAGUCGAGACCAAGCGCAUGGAGAAUGGCGGUGGAUCAGCGAUAGACUGGUUCUACCACGAGAUGCGGGUCCGGUACAGCUACCAAAUCAAACUGCGUGAUACUGGGAGCUAUGGGUUCCUGCUACCAUGCGAAAAUAUUGUACCGACGGGAGAGGAGGCAUUCAACGCCGUGAAGUACUUUGGAGAUUUCCUGCUCGGAAAUAAAGGCAUUGAAUCUUCGCUCUUCCCCGACACGUAUCGAGCGAUGGCGGAUCUGGACGAGAAUGCUGGAGUCGAGCCAGAAUCUAAUAAUAUUGGAUCUGAAGCCGAGAUGGAAAACGAUUCAGAAGAGUAUAGCAUUUGGGAGCUGAGGAGAAAGCUCAGGCGAUAG